GAGAGAGGCGUGAGCAGCGCUGUGUGUGCGAGCGGGAGCGAGGGGCGCCGGCUCGGGGUGUGUGCGCCUGGAGCACUCCAGACUCUGACCACUGUCAGGAAUAUCUCCGUGGAUUCCCAGGGCUUAUUCCACUAGAAGCAAGAUGGCUGAACUCAAUACUCAUGUGAAUGUCAAGGAAAAGAUCUAUGCGGUUCGAUCAGUUGUUCCCAACAAAAGCAAUAAUGAAAUAGUUCUGGUGCUACAACAGUUUGAUUUUAAUGUAGAUAAAGCAGUGCAGGCCUUCGUGGAUGGCAGUGCAAUUCAAGUUCUAAAAGAAUGGAAUAUGACAGGAAAAAAGAAGAACAAUAAGAGAAAAAGAAGCAAGUCCAAGCAGCAUCAAGGCAACAAAGAUGCUAAAGACAAGGCAGAGAGGCCCGAAGCAGGGCCUGUGCAGCCACCGCCGCCAGAGAUACAAAAUGGCCACGUCAACGGCUGUGAGAAGGACAGCUCAUCCACUGAUUCUGCCAGUGAAAAACCAGCCCUUGCCCCCCGUGAGAAAAAGAUCUCAAUACUCGAGGAAACUUCAAAGGCACUUCCUGGGGUCACAGAAGGCAACAGACCACUGCAACAGAAAGUAUCCUUAGAUGGGAACCCCAAACCUAUACAUGGAACACCAGAGGGGUCAGAUGGCCUACACUGGUCAGCUGAGCAGCCUUGUAACCCAAGCAAGCCUAAGGCAAAAACUUCUCCUGUUAAGUCCAAUGCCCCUGCAGCUCAUCUUGAACUAAAGCCAGAUGAGUUGGCAAAGAAAAGAGGCCCAAAUAUUGAGAAAUCGGUGAAGGAUUUGCAACGCUGCACUGUGUCUCUAACUAGAUAUCGCGUCAUGAUCAAGGAGGAAGUGGAUAGUUCAGUGAAGAAAAUCAAAGCUGCCUUUGCUGAAUUACACAACUGCAUCAUUGACAAAGAAGUUUCAUUAAUGGCAGAAAUGGAUAAAGUUAAAGAAGAAGCCAUGGAAAUCCUGACUGCUCGUCAAAAGAAAGCAGAAGAACUAAAGAGACUUACUGAUCUAGCCAGUCAGAUGGCAGAGAUGCAGCUGGCCGAACUCAGGGCAGAAAUUAAGCACUUUGUCAGCGAGCGUAAGUAUGAUGAAGAGCUUGGGAAAGCUGCCCGGUUCUCCUGUGACAUUGAACAGCUAAAGGCCCAAAUCAUGCUCUGUGGAGAAAUUACACAUCCAAAGAACAACUAUUCCUCAAGAACUCCCUGCAGCUCCCUGCUGCCACUGCUCAACGCUCACGCGACCACCUCUGGGAAACAGAGUAACUUUACCAGAAAAUCAUCCAAUCACAACAAGCCCUCCGAGGGUAAAGCAGCAAACCCCAAAAUGGCGAGCAACCUUCCCAGCACCGCUGACAGCUCUCACCAGGCUGUGCCGGCUAAUAAGCAGAAUGGGUCUUCUAGCCAAAGACGAAGAUUUAAUCCGCAGUAUCACAACAACAGGCUAAAUGGGUCUGCGAAGCCCCAGGGCAGUGGUAACGAAGCUGAUCCGAUGGGGAAGGGCAACAACCGCCAUGAACACAGAAGACAGCCACACAACGGCUUCCGUCCCAAAAACAAAGGCGGCACCAAAAACCAAGAGGCCUCUUCGGGAACCAAGACCCCCGAGGCCGCAGCCCAUCCGGAAAAGCCCCGACGAAGGCAGCACGCUGCAGACAACUCAGAGGCCAGGCCUUUCCGGGGAAACGUCUCCAGGGUUUCACAGUGCAAUCUCUGCCCCACGAGAAUAGAAGUUUCCACAGAGGCCGCGGUUCUCUCCGUCCCAGCUGUGACGUUGGUGGCCUGAGCUAGGAGAGAAGAAAAAAAAAAGCCGUUUUCAUUCAGUUUCUGUUCCCUGCCCGAGGUGCUGACCCAAUUCGCUGCCAAAAGAGAGUCAAUCCGAAUAUACAAACCCUGUACGGCUGUGUCAUCCUCUCUUAAUCAUUUUUUUCUAAUUCUAAUAAUCGGCUCUAGCUUGCUUCAUAACUUUCAUGGCUUUGCUUGAUAUGUUGGCGCUUUUUCUCAUCAAGACUUUGCAGCAUUUUAGCCAGGCAGUAUUUACUCAUUUGUUAGGAAAAUCAGGAUGUGGCUAAAGAUCAGAGGCUCAGUAGCAACCUAUGUUGUAGCAGUGAUGUCAGUCCAUUGAUCGUCUUUAGAGAGUUAAUGUUGAAAACAAAAUUCUUAUUGAUCAGACAAACCUGAUCUGCUGAAGACACGUGCGCUUUUCUAGAGUUUAACAUCUGGUGUUUUUCUGAAAAAAAUAUAUACAUAUAUUGCUUUAUUUGAAACAAAUUAAAAUAUGCUGCAUUUGA